AUGAAUCAGCUCUCCCAUGCUGGGAGGCACAGAGCUCUGCUGCCAGGGAAGGCUGAUUGCGGCAUCUCUUUCCGCCCAGCCAUCCAUGGAGUCGUCACCGGGAUUUUGGCCAGUGAAAAAUCCAAGGCCAGACAUCAGCUGGGGGUGCUUUCCACCCAGCGGUUCAUGAUGGAGGCAACUGGGGUGACGCUGAGUGCGAGUCCCACCUCGGGGAGCCUCGUGGUCAGUUCGGUCAAUGGCACUUUGCACUCGUUCAACAUCCUCGACGGCAUUGUGGACUUCUUCCAAACGUACAUGCUCUUGAUCAUUGUGGUGGGCUCCCUGCUCCUCAUCUUCCUUUCCAUUGUGUGUGCAGCUGUCAUCACACAGCAGAAACACAAGGCCUCUGCCUAUUACCCGUCGUCUUUUCCCAAAAAGAAGUACGUGGACCAGAACGACAAGGCCGGGGGCGCCAAGGCCUUCAGCGAAGUCCCUGAGAAGACCUCUGAUGACGACCGAGAGGAGCCGGUGGAUUCCACCAAACAGUUGCAGGCCGACAUCUUGGCUGCUGCCCAGAACCUCAAGUCUCCGACCAAGGUCGUCCUGGCGAAUGGGAGAAGUGCCCCCGUGGAAGACUCACCGGUUGAAGGAAAAGAGGAAGGGGCCCAAAAAACAGAAGGAGUGGAGGAUGGCAGCUCCAAAGAAGAAGAUGAAGAAGAAGAAGAAAAACCACCAGCUGAGGCUGAUCUGCCUCCAGAGACAUCAGCUCCAAACAAUUUGGAAGAUGCUGAGGCCAAAGAAGAGGUCCCAUCUGGGGUGGAGACCCAUCCAUCUCCUCCUGAGGAGUCCAAGGAACCCCCACCCACCGAGAAUUCUGCCCUGCCCGUCUCAGAAGGUGAGGAGGAGAAGGAGAAGGAGGCGCUCAGCAUCCCACUGACUCUUGACCCCACAGAAGAGUCCCAAAACUGA